GAGACCAUGAGAGUUGAGAGGAAUCUGGGAUCACCAUUCAAUGCGUUCAAUGUUCAUGCGGGGGGACGACCCAAAAUCAUGGUGCUGUUUUUCCGUUGCCCUUUCUGGGCAUUCAAAUAGAGUCAAUGGGCCUUAAUUUUGCGCUGCCAGAAAGGAAAAAUGACCGGAUUGUUGAAAGUUGAAAAGGGAAGAAAUCACUAUUGAUGGAACUUUCCAAGCACGUCGCCUUCUCUCGCGGCUUGCUCUCGCUCUCACCAACGACUUUCAGCUUUUUCCAUCUCUUUUCCUCUCUCCAUAGCUAAUUAACUUCAGAGGCCUGGGGCUUGAGGUAAUUCAACCUUUCUGAAUUGAUGAUUGGCUUUGAGUAUUCAUUGAAAGUCCACUUGAAAUAUAUUUAAUCAUGGAUAAUUGCGAUUAUGCGUCCUGCUCCUUGGAUUUCCCACUUGCGUUCAUUCAUCUUCCGCUCCCACAUCUUGAAUUUCAUGCCCGCCGCCCUAGUAGUUCUUCGCUUCCCACAGCGUUUUACUUAUUCAACUCAUCCCCAUUCUCUCAAACAUACCACGCCCACAUUCUCAAUUUCACAUCCCACCAUUCUUCCCCCUUUACAGCUCAAAUUUUCAAUUCCGCAAACUUGCUUGGGUUUUUUUUUUCGCUCGACCUGAGAAGUUUGGCUUCGCCUUGUUCUGAUUAUCCGGUUAUUGCGAUCAUAUCAGAGCCACCUGACUCUAAUUUUAGUUUGCCGACAAGAUAACUCCUCGUUUAUAAUUGGAAUCAGACGACUUGGGUUUGCGCCGAGUCAUGAUCACAAGGUUUGCGGCUUUUUUUUGGGGCAGAAUCUUAGCCGUAGCCUGGUUGUUUGAUAUUUAUUCUAUUAUUAGUUUUUGUACCGACGCUGCCUUUCUUAGCGCGUGAAUUGAAACGUAAAGUGCUGCCUCCAAUUCAAUCUUCAAGCAGUGGAAGCCUUGUCAAAUCUUAAAAUGGCUCAAUCUGUUUAUGAUCAUCCAUCCUUGCUUGACGUUGAAGGCUCACAACAUGGUCAAGGGUUACAAGUUGUGCCAUUUCCAACCACUAAAGGGUCUCUGAAAGUCAUGCUAUUGCAUGGGAAUUUAGAUAUAUGGGUGAAGGAGGCCAGAAACCUUCCUAACAUGGACAUGUUUCAUAAGACCUUAGGGGAUAUGUUUGGGAGAUUACCCGGAAAGCUAACGGGCAAGAUUGAAGGGCACAUGCCAGGCAAAAUAACCAGCGACCCGUAUGUCACGAUAUCAGCAUCGGGUGCUGUAGUUGGCCGCACUUUUGUGAUCAGCAAUAAUGAAAACCCAGUUUGGAUGCAGCAUUUUUACGUUCCAGUCGCGCAUCAAUGUGCAGAAGUGCAUUUUGUUGUCAAAGACAGUGAUGUUGUGGGCUCCCAGAUUAUGGGGGCAGUGGGAAUCCCAGCUGAGCAGUUAUGCUCUGGCACAAAAGUUGAGGGAACCUACCCAAUUUUGAACGCAAGCGGCAAGCCCUGUAAGCCUGGAUCUGUAUUGAGUUUAUCAAUUCAGUACAUCCCAAUGGAGCAACUAGCCCUUUACCACAUGGGAGUAGAGCCAGGUCCAAAUUACCACGGGGUCCCUGGUACGUACUUUCCCCUUAGGACAGGUUGUGAGGUUACAUUAUAUCAAGAUGCUCAUGUCCCAGAUGGUUGCCUUCCAAAUUUGACACUUGAUGGUAAUAUUCAGUAUGAGCAUCACAGUUGUUGGCAUGAUAUCUUUGAGGCAAUAAGGCAGGCCCGUCGUUUGAUAUACAUUACGGGAUGGUCUGUGUACCAUAAAGUUAGACUGGUUAGGGAUACCAGUGAUGCAUCUAAUAGCACUCUAGGGGAUCUUCUCAAAACCAAAUCACAGGAAGGUGUUAGAGUGCUACUCCUUGUAUGGGAUGAUCCUACUUCCAGAAGCGUUUUGGGUUAUAAAACAGAUGGAAUCAUGCAAACCCAUGAUGAGGAGACUCGUAGCUUCUUCAAGAACUCGUCAGUGCAAGUUCUACUUUGCCCACGAUCAGCUGGAAAAGGACAUAGCUGGGCCAAAAAGAAGGAAGUUGGAACAAUUUAUACACAUCAUCAGAAAACAGUGAUUGUGGAUGCUGAUGCAGGUUAUUACAAAAGAAAGAUUGUAGCUUUUGUUGGAGGUCUGGAUUUAUGUGUGGGGAGAUACGAUACUCCAAAACAUCAUAUUUUUAGAACAUUACAAACAGUGCAUAAGGAUGACUUUCAUAACCCAAAUUUUAUGGGGCCUACCGAUGGUUGUCCACGAGAACCAUGGCAUGAUUUGCACAGUAGAAUUGAUGGUCCAGCAGCAUAUGACAUUCUCACCAACUUUGAGGAGCGCUGGUUAAGGGCUUCAAAGCCCCGUGGGCUUAAAAAAUUGAAAUCAUAUGAUGAUGCUUUACUCAAGAUCAACAGAAUCCCAGAUAUAAUUGGGAUGGCAGAUGCCCACUGCUUGAGCCAGAAUAGUCCAGAGGCUUGGCAUGUCCAGGUUUUUCGUUCCAUUGAUUCCAGUUCUGUAAAAGGCUUUCCAAAGGACCCAAAAGAUGCCACAAGCAGUAACCUGGUGUGCGGGAAGAAUGUGCUGAUAGACAUGAGUAUACAUACAGCUUAUGUGAAGGCCAUCCGUGCUGCUCAACAUUUCAUUUAUAUUGAGAAUCAGUACUUCCUUGGAUCAUCAUAUAAUUGGGCUUCUUACAAAGAUUUAGGUGCAAACAAUUUAAUACCAAUGGAAAUUGCUCUUAAAAUUGCUGACAAAAUCAGAGCAAAUGAGAGAUUUUGCGCAUAUAUUGUCGUCCCAAUGUGGCCAGAGGGAGUUCCUACUAGUGCUGCUACUCAAAGGAUUCUCUUUUGGCAAAAUAAAACAAUGCAAAUGAUGUAUGAAACAAUUUACAAGGCAUUGGAAGAGGCUGGGCUUGAGAACAAGUAUGAGCCUCAAGACUAUUUGAAUUUCUUUUGCCUAGGAAAUCGUGAAGCUGCAGACAGGGAUGUCUCCUCAGAUGUCAGCAAUUCUACUGCAGCAAACACUCCUCAAGCACUCACUAAGAAGAGUCAACGCUUCAUGAUUUAUGUUCACUCAAAAGGAAUGAUAGUGGAUGAUGAGUAUGUAAUAUUGGGGUCAGCAAACAUCAAUCAACGCUCCAUGGAAGGUACCCGAGACACAGAAAUUGCGAUGGGUGCAUAUCAACCUCAUUAUACAUGGGCAAACAAGCUCGCCAACCCACAUGGGAAGAUAUAUGGGUAUAGGAUGUCCCUGUGGGCUGAGCACAUUGGAUAUCUUGAGAAAAGUUUUGAGCAACCGGAGAGUCUCGAAUGUGUGAGACGGGUAAGGUCACUGGGCCAGCUCAACUGGAGACAAUUUGCAGCUGAUGAAGUAACCGAAAUGAAGGGUCACCUUCUGAAGUAUCCAGUGGAAGUUGAUCGAACGGGCAAGGUGAAGCCACUUCCUGGUUGUCAAACAUUCCCAGAUGUGGGUGGAAACAUAGUGGGGACAUUCAUUGCCAUUCAAGAAAAUCUCACCAUCUGAUAUAUGCUAUCGGUUUGCUCUUUUGUCAGUCGCUUGUUGACAUUAGUAUAUCAAUGAAGAAAAAGUUCAAAAGACACCCAUCAUUCAAUCUCCCAUGUCCUUCGAUAUUUGUCUGGAUUUGCAGCGUGUUGUUGGGUGGUGAAUUGUGUUUGGGGGGCAUUUCUGGGCCGAGGGGUAUUCUGAGCGCCAAGAAUUGAGAUCAUUUCAUUGUGUUUCAUUUAGCAUUUUUAUAUUUUGUGUAAAAUGUUAUAUUAUAAUAUGUGUCUGUCUAUAUUUGUUA